AUCUCUCUCUCUCUCUCUCUCUCUGUUUGUUUGUUUUCUUAGUGUGAAAUCCACUCCCCACCAACCAAAUUCUGGUUUGUCACAACCCACCAUUUUCUUGUGGCUCUGGAUCUUUUCAAGAUUCUAUCGAAACCCUUUCUUAUGUGUUAUUCAUACAUUUCACUUCGCCAAACUCAUCGCAAAGUCACUCCCUUUUCGCUUUCUUGAUAUCUCCCCUUUUCUGGGUACCCGUCCUCUUACUCUUUUCGAUUUUGUAUCUUCACAAUGGCACAGGGUUAAUCAAUAGCUGGUAUUGCAUCUUGUAAGUUUCUGCCAAAGGGGGUUCUUCGUAUUUUCCCUGCAAUUCUAAUCCAGAUCAAGACAAUCAGCCAGGAUGGGUGAUGUUGCCAAGGACCUACUUUCUGGGACAGUUGGGGGGGCUUCUCAGCUGAUUGUUGGGCAUCCAUUCGAUACGAUCAAGGUCAAACUCCAAAGCCAACCCACUCCACUCCCGGGCCAACCCCCCAAAUACUCGGGUGCCAUGGAUGCUGUCAGACAAACAUUAGCGUCAGAAGGCCCGAGGGGCCUGUACAAAGGCAUGGGGGCGCCACUGGCUACAGUUGCAGCCUUCAAUGCCGUCCUCUUUACAGUGAGAGGACAAAUGGAAUCUCUAUUAAGAUCUGAGCCCGGCAUGCCUCUCACAGUUAACCAGCAGAUCGUAGCUGGGGCUGGGGCUGGAGUUGCCGUCUCCUUUCUUGCUUGCCCCACUGAAUUGAUCAAGUGCAGGUUGCAAGCCCAGAGUGCACUGGCAGAUGCCGGUGGAGCCGCUGUGGUGGUGAAGUAUGGAGGGCCAAUGGAUGUGGCCAGGCAUGUUCUCCGGUCAGAGGGCGGCAUUAGAGGCCUCUUCAAGGGCUUGGUUCCAACAUUGGCACGGGAAGUACCGGGCAAUGCUGCAAUGUUUGGUGUCUAUGAAGCCUUGAAACAAUACCUUGCCGGAGGGCAAGACACGUCGAAGUUGGGAAGAGGUUCUCUGAUCGUGGCUGGAGGCCUGGCCGGAGCUUCAUUCUGGGCCUUUGUGUAUCCAACCGAUGUCAUCAAGAGUGUAAUUCAGGUGGAUGACUACAAAAAUCCCAAGUUUUCGGGCUCCAUGGACGCGUUCGGUAAGAUCCUUAGGUCAGAGGGAGCGAAAGGGUUGUACAAGGGGUUUGGACCUGCCAUGACCCGAAGUGUGCCGGCAAAUGCAGCAUGUUUCUUGGUGUAUGAAGUAACGAGGUCUUCUCUGGGUUGAUGAUAAAAGGAAAAAAAAUUGUUUUAUUUUUUGGGUUGGUUUGAACGAUGACCAUCGUUAUUGUUUUUAGCUUGAGACCAUUCCCUUGCACGCCCUUCACUGAAUUAAUUUCCAACCAAGCUCUUUCAAAUGCAGUGCAGUGUUGAAUCA